AAUGAGAUCAUGUGGAAUACAAGAAUAGAUAAAUGGACAAGUAGGAGGAUUAGUUUUUGCCAGAAAAUUAAGAACUACUUCCUUGAAGUUUGACUUCGUCAACGGCCUUCCCCACCCCUUCUGGUCGGUAUAAAUCACAAGAUGGUGUGGCUGGGAAUCAAUAUCUUUCUGUUUGUCUAUUAUUACAUGUUUUAUGAGUACAACCCAGAAUUUUUCUACACAAGGGCAAUUCUUGGAUCUGCACUAGCCUGGGCACGAGCGCCUGCUGCUUGUCUCAACUUUAACUGCUUGUUGAUCUUGCUGCCUGUAUGCCGGAAUCUACUAUCCUUCCUCAGAGGAUCAUGCUCAUGUUGCAGAUGCAGUGCAAGAAAACAGCUGGACAAAAACAUCACGUUCCACAAACUGGUGGCUUACAUGAUCGCCUUGCACACAGCAAUUCAUAUUGUGGCACAUUUACUGAAUUUUGAAUGGUUCAACAACAGUCAACAGUCAAAAGAAGGCACCCUGGACGCUGUGCUGUCCCAAAUUGGGGACAACAAUAACCGCUGGUUGAAUCCUAUCAGGUCAAAUCAAACGACUCCCACCUAUGUCGCAUUCACCACUGUGGCUGGUCUAACUGGAGUCAUUAUCACAUUGGCACUUAUUGUCAUGAUCACAUCCUCAACAGACACCAUUCGCAGAUCAUACUUCGAGGUCUUCUGGUUUACACACCAUCUCUUUGUCAUAUUUUUUGCAGGACUUGUCAUCCAUGGAAUUGGCCGUAUUGUUCGACGCCAAACUGCUGCUAGCAUGGAGGUACAUAAAUUUUCGUACUGUCAUAAUCGCACAGCCGAGUGGGGGACAAUUCCUGAAUGCCCAAUUCCUGUGUUUGAGGGAGGAGAGCCAAUGACUUGGAAAUGGGUGCUCGCACCGAUGAUACUCUAUGUCUUUGAGAGAUUAAUACGACUGUAUCGAUCCCAACAGAGGGUGGUCGUCACCAAGGCUGUAGUUCAUCCAUCAAAGGUCCUCGAGUUGCAGAUGCAGAAGAAGGGUUUUAAAAUGGAAGUAGGUCAAUACAUCUUCAUCAACUGCCCAUCCAUCUCACAGCUGGAGUGGCACCCCUUCACUCUGACCUCUGCCCCAGAAGAGGAUUACUUCAGUGUUCAUAUUCGAUCAGUCGGUGAUUGGACAGAUGGCAUGUUUCAAGCAUUUGGGGACAAUAAAAAUGAGAUGAGGCAACAAAUACAACCAAGUAUUGCAGUGGAUGGUCCUUUUGGUACAGCUAGUGAGGAUGUCUUCCGAUAUGAAGUCAGUGUUCUUGUUGGGGCUGGCAUUGGAGUGACUCCAUUUGCAUCCAUUCUCAAGUCAAUCUGGUACAAGUAUGAGAAAUCUGAUGCUGCAUUACUGACAAAAAAGAUAUAUUUCUUCUGGAUUUGUCGAGAGACCCAGGCAUUUGAGUGGUUUGCUGACCUGCUACGAUCACUUGAGGGUCAAAUGGAACAAUUGGGCAAGCAUGACUUCCUCAGCUACAAACUCUACCUGACUGGCUGGGAUAGUACACAGGCUAUUCAUGUCAAGGUGCACAUCGAUAAAGAGACUGAUGUGGUGACUGGACUCAAACAGAAAACAUACUAUGGUAGACCUAACUGGGACAAAGAGUUUCAGAUGAUUGCACAAACUCACCCCAAAACAACUAUUGGAGUCUUCCUGUGUGGACCACAAGCUCUGGCUAAGGCUUUAGAACAAUGCUCAAACAAAUACUCUGAGGUCAACCCCUUGGGAGUACAUUUUCAUUUCAACAAGGAAAAUUUCUAGGAAUCAAGGAAAAGAUCAAAUAACUGGAAGAACAAUAGAAAGACAAUGCUUAUUUUUGGAGGGAAUUCUCUUCCCUCAGCAUUACUGAAGAUGUGGCAUUAUGUUCUGAUUUCACAGAAGCACACCAUCUUUAAAUGCCCUGGAUGGACAGGCUGGAAUUCUCCAAACUUCAAACUGUAAAUGUUCCCCAUUCAUUGUAAUGUAUUGGGGAAUUGAGGACUGACAUGGUAAAAUGUGAAUGAAUGACAUUGUCAUCACAAUAGAGGAGAUAUUCAGAAUGCUCAAAGAAAUUUGUUUCUGUGGAUUACAUGCAAACUAAAAAUAUUAUUUCUA